AUGUCUGCACGACCGUACCAUUUGCGCACCAACAGGCUAUCCAGUCCGCUUGGGACCGAUGCCUUUCCCGUGGAAUUCAGUUGGCAGCUAACCGCUAAGGAAGGCAUUCAUAAUGUCACACAGUCGUCCUAUGAACUUCAAGUCUCUACAUCUCCAGCCUUCGAAUCCGAGAACAUCGUUUGGGACAGCGGGAAAACAGCCACAAGUAAGAUUCCAUCACCUACAGCCAUCUACGGGGGCAACAGUGUGAAAAGUCGCACUCGGUAUCAUUGGCGCCUCCGCGUAUGGGAUCAAUCCGACGAGCCUAGCGACGAGAUCUGGGAUACAGCGGAGAAAGCAUGGUUCGAAACAGGGCUGGAGCCGUCCGACUGGAAAGCGUCCUGGAUCAGCGCUCCUGUGAUGACAUCAACCGGUAAUUCGAUAAAAGAUGGCAGAGUCAUGUACCUCUCUAGCACCUUGCAGCUCGCGCAAACACCAGUCCGAGGACGAGCUUACGCAACAGCUUGCGGAUGGUACAAGCUUUUCGUCAAUGGAAACAACGUCACCGGUACGGCGUUGGUACCACGCUGGACGCCUUUUGAUCAGUUCACCGAGUACCAGACUUACGAUGUUGCGAAGUAUCUGGAGGCUGGCGAGAAUGUCAUCAGCGUCGUUGUUGCGGAUGGGCGAUUCAGAGGUCAGAUCGGCGUCACCGAAGGGCGCUGUCGUUACGGAGACCGGCUUUCUGCGCUUGUACAGCUUGAGGUGGAUACAGAUGACGGAGAAACUGUUACAUUCUGUACCGACGAGACAUGGCGGUGUCCAAAAGGCUCCAUCCUUCGAUCAGACCCCGUGUGGGGUGAACAUACCGACUUCCGAAUCGCUAACGAGGGGGUGGAGAAAUGCGAUACUGAGCCUCCGGAUCGUGCCGAAAAGGUCUCGGUUUUGACGAAGAAGCUAAUUGCAGAGGAGGUCGAACGCGUCGAGGAAGUCAUGCGCUUGCCACCCAAGACCGUACUUCGUGCCCCGUCAGGCGCACAAAUAGUCGACUUUGGACAAAACUUUGCCGGCAUUAUGGCGAUCAAGCUGCGCGGUCAAACGGGUUCUAAAACCACCAUGACCUAUAGCGAGGUCCUGUCCAGCAAUGGAGAGCUUGACAUCAACUAUCUGAAGCUCCCCAUAGUUCCGCAUAUCGUACAACGGGACGUCGUAACCCUUGGAGACAACGAAGUUGACUUCCAGCCUUGGUUCGCCAUCCAUGGAUUUCGCUACGCUGAAGUCCGAGGCUUGGACUACGACCUUAGUCCCUCUGACAUCGAAGGAAUUGUCCUAGCUUCCAAUAUACCAACCGCAGGGUCGUUCACAUGCUCAGACGCCCGUCUGAACAAGCUUUACCAGAACAUCGUUUGGACCACCCGAGGCAAUUUCACGGACACGCCAACUGACUGUCCGACUCGAGAGCGAAUGGGUUGGACUGGAGACAUCCAGGUGUUUACGCCUACUGCAACCAUGCUAUUUGACUGUCAGACCUUCUUGCGUCGGUAUAUGCGUUGUCUAGCUGCGGAACAACUCGCCGACGGCAGUAUCCCAUCAUACAUCCCCAGCGCUGGUUCACAGUUCAGCAGCCAGCUUUCACUCACCACGAAGUUGAUGUCAGGAUCAACUGGAUGGGGCGAUGCUUCUACGAUGGUGCCUUGGGCUCUGUACCAGCACUACAACGAUAACGUAAUCCUCUCGCGCCAGUACGACAGCAUGAAGAGCUGGGUGAAUAGCUUGGCCUAUCGAGCACGAGACAAGAUGAGCUGGAGAAGAUGGUUCUGGAUCAAACUCGGCGCUGGAUGUGGCGACCUCGAGCAGUACAUCUUGGACACCGGCUUCAGUUAUGGUGAAUGGCUCCGAGUCGGAAGCGGAGUGCCCACAAUCAUCAAAGACGUCUUAUUUCCCAGCGCCGCUAUUUCGACCGCUUAUCUCGCCCACUCAUCUCGUCUGCUCUCCAACAUCGCCAAAAUCCUUGGCAAACAGGAUGACGCUGAACGUUAUCUCAAAAUCUCGGAAAAGACAUGUGAAGCAUGGCGCGCUGCUUUCGUCCGACAAAACGGUGCGCGCAUCGCAUCCGACUACCAAGACGACUACCUCCGCGCCCUAGCCUUCGACCUCAUCUCACCAGAGCAAAAGCCCGCAGCUCUCGAACGCCUCGUAGGACUCAUAGCACAAGCCGGCUACCACCUGAAAACCGGCUUCAUGAGCACAGGGUUGCUCCUCCCCGUACUUGCCCAACACGGCAGAGCAGACAUCGCAUACCGCGUCCUAGUCCAAGACACAGUGCCCUCAUGGCUCUACCCCAUCACAAAAGACGCAACAACGCUCUGGGAGACAUGGGAAGGCUACGACGGCAAUGGCAACGCUAAGAUGUCGCAUAAUCACUAUGCGUUUGGUACUGUGGCGUCGUGGUUGCAGGAGAGUGUGGCGGGACUGAAGGCUGUUGAGCCUGGCUAUAGGAAGAUUAGGGUUGAGCCGUUGGUUGGGGGUGGGUUAGAGCAUGCUGAGGCGACGCUGGAGACGCCGUUGGGAUUUGCGAAGAGUGCUUGGAGAGUGGAUGGGGAGAAGGGGGUUGUGAGGCUGGAGGUUGUGAUUCCGCCUUGUGCGACGGCUGAGGUGGUGUUGGAGGGGGGGAAGGUUGAGAAUGGCGGCGCCGCGCUCCUUAGUAGGAAGGCAAACCACUCGUUGUGUGUAGCGGCCUUGUAA